AUGUCUCUUUCUCCUCUUUGGGUUCUUGGAGUCGCCUCUGCAACGGGCAGCGUUUCCGCACCAGCGCCAACCAGGAUUAGCGUCAUUACUAUCGGUCGAACCAGAGGCGAGCAACAUUCUAGGGCCCGGUUCGUUGUGGCACCGACAGCGCAAGGUUAUCAGAAAGGAAAUUGUUGGACAUUCGCCAAACGGCCAAGCGACCGACUGGGAAACUCUCAAGAUUAUCCCGAGAUUGUUGGUGGGCCAGUCGGAAAAGAAUGGCACCUUAUGCCGGGGAAAACGGCUGAGGCGAUCUGA